AUGACCAAUCUCGCCCGGUAUCAUCCGCAGCAGGGAAACGGGUUUGGAUCCGGUUGCUCCAUCCACGACUAUCCAGAGCAUCUGAAUCCAUUCUACGAAGAUGAAAAUCAUAAGCGGUUACGCUUUCUGGAUCGUAAAACCCAUCGGCGCGGCAGCUUGUCCAGUUUGCGCGAUGGUCUCCGCGAGUUGUGGCAAUUUUCAUCAAUUCGAUUCGGAAAGAAACGUUCUUCGACGCUGGGAGUAAACAAAACUUCUGAAAGCCCUCCUCCGUUGAGAAGGGAUGCGUAUGAAGUCGACCCAUACGCCGGAACAAGCGGAUACCGUAACACUGUGAAUGUUUCGGGUUAUGGAACAACACGCGAAAGCCAAUCGUACACCACAACACCUCUGUUUGUACGGCACACGCGUUACCGCAGCUCCUUACAAGAUCAGCCAAAGGACAACCACAACGCUGAAAUUGGAUUUACGAGGAACGAUCGCUACCGAAGUACAAUUCAAAAUGGGUUCGCCACGUACAACUCUGGGAUGGUAACGUCCACACCGAGAAAAAAGCAAGCUCCACCGAAACCGUACGGCACAACACCACGAGUUCCGCAACAGGAGUAUAAUAAUAUCAAUCCUUUCGAUGUAGAUGUGGAGCCGGAGGGGGACACUUUGUCUACGGUUAGCGUGGAUAGUAGUUACAGCAGCACUCUACGAUCGCGCACAUCUGGAACAAGAACUCGCAACAAACGACGAGCUCCUCCCCCUCCUCCGGUGACUGUGGCACCCGCAAACCGUAUUGUUACUACACCCGAGGAACCAUCUGUAGAAGACGUUCCAAACGAGGAUCUCCGCAAUCUAACCGCCGAAAUUGAAAGCUUCGUGCGUAUUUCAUCGAUAAACGGUGAUGGUUCUGUAAAGGAUACAUCCGAUGCGCGAUCAAAGGUAAACGCAGAAACGACUGUGCAUCAACAGCACGAUGUAAAUAAUAAUAGUGCCCAUGCUGAGAUUCCUACAACUAUAUCAACGAUAGAGCGUGAAAUUGUGGCCGAAAACCGUGAUGUAGAGACAGUUGUCAAGGAAUCGACGGAGGUUCAGAAAUUAAACAACAUAGAACAGCAAACCACACCGAAAGAAUGCAAUAUUGCAUUGGUGGACGAACCCAAACCUACCGUGGUACAACCUGGCACAGUGAUUACGGUAGAAACUACUGUUGUAUCUGAUCCUAUCGAAACGAAUCCGACACCUUCGCCGAGGAAAAAGGUUGACAAAAAUCAAUCAGAGGUUUCCAGGAACCAGGAAGCAGUUUCUUGCCAAGCUGAUGUCGAUUUCGAAAAUUUGGCCCUUCCAGAAACCCCUGUUCCCACACGAAGAUCAAAUCGGGAAAAUCGUGAGAAGUACAUUACCCAACAUGUUACCACAGCGAACAAGUUGAUACACGAAAAACCAACCGUACCCAAAAAACUUCCACCAACUACCGAGGAGGCAGAUGACGAAGGGCCAACGACGACGAUUAUUGUGGAUAAUUUGCAGUACAAGCACAAGGUGGCUCCAAUUCAUACUGAGAUUAGUAGCAAAAUCGAAACGGCGCGUAUGAAGAUAAGUGAAUCGACCGGCAACAUACCAACGGUUGCGGGUGAAAACAGUAACAACGAAAGGCGUCGUUCGGUUCGAGAUAUUAUCGAGUCCAUCAAUAAGAGCCAGAGUAUGCUCAAGGUGAACCACGAACAGUCAACCAAUAGUUUGCACGAGACACAAUCGACCGACAGCAUGGUGCGGAAUAUACAUGAGCUUAACGAACGAGAAAAGGAGAUUCAGAACUUGUUGCAGGACAUUGAUGCACGCCACGGUGCAAAUAAUGUUCAAUCUGUUGAUGCCCUUAGCGCAACCGCUUCAACCAGCGAACAUGUAGUAUCUCCAGGUCGCGGAUCAUACUAUGAUAACUUAACCGAUGACAACAUCAACGACAAUCUGGAUGAAAAAAACAACAUGUAUGCUGCAUCGGGCUUUAGGAUUAAGAAAAGCCCUACCAAAACGGUAAUCAUUGCGGAAGGGGAUGAUCAAGCGUUUCAGGAUUGCAUCAAUUGGAAUCCACUACCAAAACCUAGACGUAGCCAUAUAUUGGUGGAAAACGGAGCAGAUGUUGAGCAAUCCGUAACGGUUCCUACCGCACCCUCCUAA